AUGUCAAAAGUUUCUCUUAUUAGAUUAUCAUUGUCAGGGUUUCUGGUGAUCGCCGUCCUCACUCAAUCGGCGAACGCUAUAAGAACUCCCGUCGUUCUCGGAGGGAAGUCAGAUAUUCCAAAUGUUCAGACCAACAUUGAAAUUCAAGAACUUGGAAGGUACUGCGUGGAACAAUUCAAUCUAAUGGAAGAGAGUGAGCAAGGAAACGCAGCCUCCAUUGCGAACACUGCCGUGUUGAAUCCGUUGAAUUUUAGUAGAGUUGUGUCGGCUCAGAAACAGGUCGUAGCUGGUCUAGAAUAUGAUCUAAGGAUUGAAGUGACUCAACCCGAUGGCACGAGCAGGAUGUUUGACUCAAUUGUGUUUAUUCAACCAUGGCUUCAUUCUAAGAAGUUGCUCGGUUUCACUCCCGUUGCUAGUCCUGUCUACUAA